GCCUCCUUGUGGCUCAAUUUUCCCGUCGUUGUGACAGGCGCUCAGCUGUGGAUGGAGACACGAACACAUGCACACGCAAUUCUCUCUCUCUCUCUCCCUCACUCCACGCGCACGUCCGUCGGUCCACUGGAGCCCGUCCAGCCUCCUUUACUCGACUGACGACGGCCGCCGGAGCAUGCAGUCCUCCUCCGCGGCUCUUUCGGCCACAAACGCCCGUCAGAAGCUGACCACUCUCGCCCGGCGAAAGUGACACCCAGGCGGGGAGGAGGAGGAAGAAGCUUGGAUGGAAGACAGCUAGCGCGAGGUUCCCCCACCGUGGAGCCAUUUCUUCAGUUUGAUUUCUUCUUUAAUCGGGUUUCUUCUUGGAAGGUUGCCCCCCACUUGAAGCUGCCACCGGCGGCUGCGGGCCGUCGUCGUCGUCGUCGUCCACCAUGGCGAGCGAACGGUGAGUCUCGUUUGUGUCUGUCGAGUCCAAACUCCCAUUCCGGAUUUUAAAUUUGGCGUCACGAUAAACAACCGCGGGGGGGGGCUCCGCAAAGAGACUGCAAUCAACCAAGUGGAGGAUUUUUUUUUUUUUUUUUUCUCGGGUUUGUUUCUUCUCGUGCUUCCCCGGGCACUAUGGCCGGUGAGUGGGGCUGGGGACGCCGGGCCGGGCUCCCCGAGGCUCCCCCAUGCUAGCCGAGGCGGAUGGCUUGGUCCCCCAUGGCAGCGACAGCUCUAUGAGGACAAGCGAUAGCGACCCCCCUCCGCCCAAAGCCGCCGCCGCCGACUCCUCGAUCCUCAUCUCCAAGAUGCAAGACGUCGUCAUUCCGUUCUCGUCCGAGGUGCCCUGCGACAAUAAUGGGCAGCGCAUGUGGUGGGCGUUCCUCGCCUCCUCCAUGGUGACCUUCUUCGGGGGGCUCUUCAUCAUCCUGCUGUGGAGGACCCUCAAGUACCUGUGGACCGUGUGCUGCCACUGCAACGUCAAAAGCAAGGAGGCUCAGAAAGUGAACAACCCCGCCAACAAUCAAGCAGCAGACAGGGCACUAAAGGGUCCUGAUGAGAAGACUGAGGAGGUCCCGGCCAGUGAGGUGGGAUGGAUGACUUCGGUCAAAGACUGGGCCGGCGUCAUGAUCUCGGCGCAGACCCUCACUGGCAGAGUUCUGGUGGUGUUAGUAUUUGCACUCAGCAUCGGGGCCCUUGGAAUAUACUUUAUAGACUCCUCAGACCCUAUAGAAUCCUGCCAGAAUUUCUACCAAGACUUCACGUUACAGAUCGACAUGGCCUUCAAUGUCUUCUUCCUCCUUUAUUUCGGUCUGCGGUUUAUAGCAGCCAAUGACAAGCUGUGGUUCUGGCUCGAGGUCAACUCGGUGGUGGACUUCUUCACCGUCCCUCCCGUCUUCGUCUCCGUCUACCUGAACAGAAGCUGGCUCGGUUUAAGAUUCCUGAGAGCGCUAAGAUUGAUACAGUUCUCGGAAAUCUUACAGUUUCUGAAUAUCUUGAAAACAAGCAAUUCCAUCAAGCUGGUGAACCUGUGUUCCAUCUUCAUAAGCACAUGGCUCACCGCUGCAGGAUUCAUACAUUUGGUGGAAAACUCAGGGGAUCCUUGGGAAGACUUCCAAAACUCCCAGUCGCUCUCCUAUUGGGAAUGUGUCUACUUACUGAUGGUGACCAUGUCCACUGUGGGCUACGGGGAUGUCUAUGCAAAAACCGCCUUGGGGCGCCUGUUCAUGGUCUUCUUCAUCCUCGGUGGUUUGGCCAUGUUUGCCAGCUACGUCCCUGAAAUCAUAGAGUUAAUAGGAAACCGCAAGAAAUAUGGUGGUUCCUAUAGUGCGGUUAAUGGGAGAAAGCAUAUUGUGGUCUGCGGUCAUAUUACCCUCGAAAGUGUCUCCAACUUCCUCAAAGACUUCCUACACAAGGACAGGGAUGAUGUCAAUGUAGAAAUUGUUUUUCUUCAUAAUAUUUCCCCUAAUCUUGAGCUGGAAGCCUUGUUCAAGCGUCAUUUUACACAAGUAGAGUUCUACCAGGGAUCUGUGCUCAACCCGCACGACUUGGCUCGAGUCAAGAUCGAGUCAGCAGACGCCUGUCUCAUCCUCGCCAAUAAAUACUGCGCUGAUCCAGAUGCUGAAGAUGCCUCCAACAUCAUGAGGGUCAUCUCAAUCAAGAACUACCAUCCCAAGAUCCGAAUAAUAACACAGAUGCUUCAAUAUCACAAUAAGGCCCAUCUGCUGAACAUUCCGAGCUGGAACUGGAAGGAGGGCGACGAUGCCAUCUGCCUGGCCGAGCUGAAAGCGGGCUUCAUCGCCCAGAGCUGCCUGGCCCAGGGCCUGUCCACCAUGCUGGCCAACCUCUUCUCCAUGAGGUCCUUCAUCGAGAUCGAGGAGGACACCUGGCAGAAAUAUUAUCUCGAGGGAGUGGCGAACGAGAUGUACACAGAGUAUUUGUCCAGUGCCUUCGUGGGCCUCUCCUUCCCCACUGUGUGCGAGCUGUGCUACGUGAAGCUGAAGCUGCUCCUCAUUGCCAUCGAGUACAAGUCGGAGCAGAGAGAGAGCAGCAUCCUCAUCAACCCGGGCAACCAUGUCAAGAUGCAGGAAGGAACGCUGGGCUUUUUCAUCGCCAGCGACGCCAAGGAAGUAAAGAGAGCUUUUUUCUACUGUAAAGCUUGUCACGAUGACAUCACCGACCCGAAGCGGAUCAAGAAGUGCGGCUGCAAGCGACUGAUUUAUUCCAAGAUGUCCGUCUACAAGCGAAUGAAACUGGCAUGUUGUUUUGAUUGCGGCCGUUCAGACCGAGACUGCUCUUGCAUGUCAGGCAGUGUACAUAGUAACAUGGACACCCUUCAGAGGGCCUACCCACUUUCCUCUGUGUCUGUUCAUGAUUGCGCAACCACGUUACGUGCCUCCAAAUAUAAGUAUAAUGGAUAUGUCAGAUCACUCGAAGACGAGCAUCCGUCAACGCUCUCGCCCAAAAAAAAGCAGCGCAACGGAGGGAUGCGGAACUCGCCCAACUGCUCUCCCAAAAUGAUGAGACACGACCCUCUUCUAAUACCCGGUAAUGAACAAAUCGAAAACAUGGACAUGAAUGUGAAGAGGUAUGACUCCACCGGAAUGUUUCACUGGUGCCCAUCAAAAGACAUCGAAAAAGUCAUCCUGACCCGGAGUGAAGCCUCCAUGACGGUCCUGAGCGGCCAUGUGGUGGUCUGUAUAUUUGGGGAUGUCACGUCCGCUUUAGUGGGGCUGCGAAACCUGGUGAUGCCUUUAAGAGCCAGCAAUUUCCAUUAUCAUGAACUCAAGCCCAUUGUUUUUGUGGGCUCGCUGGACUAUCUGCGGCGAGAGUGGGAGACGCUACACAACUUCCCCAAGGUCUCCAUCUUGCCUGGGACGCCAUUAAGUCGGGCAGAUUUAAGGGCUGUCAACAUCAACCUCUGCGACAUGUGCGUAAUACUGUCAGCCAAUCAGAACAAUAUCGAAGAUGCUUCGCUACAAGAUAAAGAAUGCAUCUUGGCAUCGCUCAACAUCAAGUCUAUGCAGUUUGAUGACAGCAUCGGAGUCUUGCAGGCUAAUUCCCAAGGUUUCACGCCUCCUGGAAUGGACAGGUCAUCUCCAGACAGCAGUCCAGUACAUGGCUUCGUGCGUCAGGCUUCCGUCACCACCGGAUCCAACAUCCCCAUCAUCACAGAAUUAGAUAAGCCGGGCAAACCGCUGCCGUCGCUUUCGCUCAGUCAGGAAAAAAAAAGCGGGACCAACAUACAAAUGAUAACAGAGUUGGUGAACGACUCGAACGUUCAGUUCCUGGACCAAGAUGACGACGACGACCCCGACACGGAACUGUACCUCACGCAGCCCUUCGCCUGUGGCACCGCCUUCGCCGUCAGUGUCCUCGACUCCCUGAUGAGCGCCACGUACUUUAAUGACAACAUCCUCACACUGAUCAGGACGCUGGUCACUGGAGGAGCCACACCAGAGCUGGAGGCCCUGCUGGCCGAGGAGAAUGCCCUGCGAGGCGGCUACAGCACGCCGCAGACGCUGGCGAAUAGAGACAGGUGUCGCGUCGCUCAGCUCGCCCUCUACGACGGGCCCUUCGCUGACUUGGGGGAUGGCGGCUGCUAUGGGGAUUUGUUCUGCAAAGCACUGAAGACGUACAACAUGCUGUGUUUUGGAAUCUACAGAUUAAGAGACGCUCAUCUAAGUUCCCCAAGCCAGUGUACAAAACGAUACGUGAUCACCAACCCACCGUACGAGUUUGAGCUGGUGCCCACGGACUUGAUCUUCUGCCUCAUGCAGUUCGACCACAACGCGGGUCAGUCUCGGACCAGCUUGUCCCACUCGUCCCACUCCUCUCAUUCCUCCAGCAAGAAGAGCUCGUCGGUCCACUCCGUCCCAGCCUCCAACCGGCAGAACCGCAGCAGUAAAACCCGGGAAGCCCGAGACAAACAGAAUGCAACAAGGAUGAAUAGAAUGGGCCCAGAAAAGAAAUGGUUUACAGAUGAACCGGACAACGCCUACCCACGGAACAUUCAGAUCAAGCCCAUGAGCACUCACAUGGCCAAUCAAGUCAACCAGUACAAAUCCACAAGUAGUUUGAUCCCGCCCAUCCGAGAAGUUGAAGACGAAUGCUGAACCGCUUUUAACGUUUUAGCUCGCUCGCUCGGCAGACAUCUUGGAAGAGUUCGCCCAUGACGAUAGGACGUGCUUCAGUCUUCUAAUACCAGAACUGGACAGGACACCGAACUGGACCUGCUAUGUGUAUACCUUUAAUGUUACUUCCAUGCUCUUUGGACAUUGUUUUAUUUAUUGAUGUAUCCAUAGAGAUGUAAAUAAUGACAAUCAAAUAACGCAUUGUACAGCCCCCCUCCUCCCCCCUAGCACUUUUUUUGAAUUAUUAUUUGAGGAUUCAGUGAGUGAGCGAGAAAGUACUUCCUAUAAUGCUUUGCAAUAGUUUGUUAAGGCUACACUAAGGAUGAUUGCUGAUUGGAUGAUGAGGCUCGCAUCAUCACCCCAAAGAUCUUACAGGACGCGACUCUUCCAACCAGCCGGGCUCUCCAUCUUGUGUACUUCUAUUUGCACUACCAAAAAAAAAAAAGAAAGAAAAAAACUUUAACUUACUCAUCUUCAGAAAGAACGAAGGUUUUGGAGAAGAGACUAUGUACGACCCCAUUAUGUUGAUCCAUUCAUCUGUAGUUGAAUGAAGAAACAAGCCAAGUAGCCUCAGAAGGUUAAGAAGAAAGACCACCCAACCACGUUUGAGCAGAAAAGCAGCAGCAGCUUUUGAAAUCACAAAAACAAACAAACAAACAAAAAAGAACCGCUGUUCCAAAAAAAAAAAAAAAAAAAGUGCCACGUAUCGCGUAAAAGUGGGCGCCCACAGGGUCCUCUUCUGACCUCAAGAGACGACUGGCUGCCUGGCAUGGGGUUGGCACGGAGGCUGCAAAAAAAAAAAAAAGCGCUUGGAUGUUCUCCGUUGCCAAUCCCAGAUGUCAAUCGCCUCAAAUAAACCCCAAAAGAACCCAAAAAAAAAAAAGGAAAUGAAGCUGCUCUGUGCUGGUGCUCAAGGAAAGGAGCAAAAGGCUCAAACGUGGUUGGGCGCUUGCCGUUUUUGUUCACUAAGGACACACAAAACAUUUGAUUUUUUCAAAUAAUAGUUGGAAAAUACAAGACAGGUACAUAUCAUUUGCGUUAUGCCCCCCGCCCAUGACAUCUAUGCUUUAUCGAAAGAGUAUUUUUUUAACUCGCUAACCGCCAUCUUCAGCCUGGCAGCUCGCCUCUGCAAAAGUCACCUGAAACUGAAGCUUACUUGGACAAAUAAGCUAAAUGAAGCCUCCUUAGCUACGAGCACGCUGACUGAACAAAUGGUUUAAAUAUAUAUAUAUAUAUAUAGAAAUAUAUAUCUAAAAGAGUUGUAACAAUAGAUAGUAUUCACUGACGUCACGGUGAUGCCUGGUCUCGCGAGCCAGGUUUUGGUCAACAGUCUUGGUGAGAUGCAAGUCUAAACGAGCUUUGAUUCACAGAAUCGCUCCGUACGAAGCAAAGGACGACUUCUCAACUAUGAAAUCUUGCCGAAUGGAAGUGUGCCCCACAAAAUGGCCACCGUGUCGACGGUCUCAGUUCCGCGACGUUACGUCAGUGCUGUCUUAAUAAUUGUUGACCUAAAUUAGGUCCCGAGUGUGAAGACGAAAGGGAGUGCACACAUUGCAAAGUGUGACCAUGUCGGUUGUUUUAAUGUGUGUGUGUGUUUUUUUUUUUUCGUUUGUUUUUUUUUUUAUCAUUUUUGCAAAAUACGAUUUAAAA